GAGGAAGAUCGUCUGCCCAUCUUUGAUCUUUCCUCUCAUUUCUCCCUGUCUCUUUCCAUGGGGUAUGUACCAACCACCCAAGCUUUGAAUUUACUGCACCAUUUUACUCUUCGUAUACCCCUUGUUUGGGGCACUCUCUUUUGCUUCUCUCAGACCACUGCAACUUCACUGCUUGUUUGUUUAUGCAGUUGUCGGAGUCAAAUCCAACGCCGAAUUAGUCAUUUUGAUGGCACAAGAAACUGUACGCCCAGACGAGGAGGUUGUCCUCGGAGAAGAAAUAGAUUAUGUGAGGUUGAUCACCUUAAACCGGCCUCGUCAACUGAAUGUCAUCUCACAUAAAGUGGUUUAUCUGCUAGCGGAAUACUUGGAAAAGUGGGAGAAGGACGACAGAGCUGAGCUUGUAAUAAUCAAGGGAGCUGGCCGAGCUUUCUCUGCUGGUGGAGAUCUGAAAAUGUUCUAUGAUGGCAGAAAGUCGAAGGAUUCUUGCCUUGAAGUGGUCUAUAGAAUGUAUUGGCUUUGUUAUCAUAUUCAUACCUAUAAGAAAACCCAGGUUGCCCUUGUGCAUGGAAUUUCAAUUGGUGGAGGUGCAGCUUUGAUGGUCCCAAUGAAGUUCUCGGUUGUCACAGAAAAAACAGUAUUUUCUACUCCAGAAGCAAGCAUUGGAUUUCACACUGACUGUGGCUUUUCCUAUAUGCUCUCUCAUCUCCCUGGGCAUUUAGGGGAAUUCUUGGCCUUAACAGGAGCUAGGCUGAAUGGUAAGGAAUUGGUUGCUGCUGGACUGGCAACCCAUUUUGUCCUUUCUGAGAAAUUGCCUGAGCUAGAGAAGCGUUUGAUAAGUUUGAACUCUGGUGAUAAGAAUGCGGUCAAAUCUGCCAUUGAAGAAUUCUCUGUGGAUGUUCAGCUUGAUGAAAAUAGCGUAUUAAACAAGAAGUCAAUAAUUGAUGAAUGCUUUUCCAAGAAUAAUGUUGUGGACAUUAUAAAAUCAUUUGAAUCUGAGGCAAGCAAGGAAGGAAAUGGAUGGAUAGGUGCAUAUCUUAAGGGCUUAAAGAGAUCAUCCCCUACAGGAUUGAAAAUAACAUUAAAAUCGAUUCGUGAAGGGAGGAAGCAAACACUGUCCAAUUGUCUGAAAAAGGAAUUCAGACUCACAAUGAAUAUACUGCGUACCACAAUCUCCGAGGAUGUCUACGAGGGUAUAAGGGCGCUCACCAUUGACAAGGAUAAUGCUCCAAAGUGGGAGCCACCAUCCCUCGAAAAAUUGGAUGAUGAGGACGUAGACCUGGUAUUUCAGCAAUUUAAAGAGAUUUUGGAGCUCCAGAUUCCAGAGGACAACAGGUGGCAUGGUAAAUAUGAGAGUACACCCUAUGCGACUUUAAAGGUGAAAGACUAAUCAAAAGAAAAUCUGGUCAGCAGCUCUGCUUGUUCUGUAAAUCGUUGUGUAAUGAGCAAAAACUAUCAUCAUCUCGGACCCCUAUUACUAGUGCAUGUCAUCUAUCUGGUUUCUGUGUUUCUCUCUGUUUGAUGUGUCGGAAUAAAAUGGCUGUUAUCAUGGUUUCAAAA